AUCUGGAUAAGCUGAAACCUGGAAACCAACUACCAACUCCCAUUUCUUCUUCAGUUCUUCCUCCUUUCAAUUUAUCGAAAACCCUAGUUGGAUAAACCCUAUUCUGCAAUUUUGGUGAAGGAAAGUGAUGGAGAAUAUUGGUUUAUUCCAAUGCCCCAUUUUAAAAACCUAAUGCUCUCCUAGUUUGCUGAAAAAGAUGACCACUAUUGACACUCUCAUCUCAGCUAGGGUUAUUUUUCCAAAACCCUACUCUACUCCUACCAAAUCAACCCCCAAACGAAUAAAGCCCUUGAAUUUGACCCGAAAUUUCGAAUCAAGAACUUCAUUUCUUCAUCGAUCGUUCACGGUUCUUUGCGAAUUACAAUCCUCACAUCCCGGUGACAAGGGCAAGCCCAAAGGGGAUGAUUUUGUGACAAGGGUUUUGAAGGAAAACCCUAGCCAGGUGGAAACCCGGUUCCUAGUUGGCAACAAGAUUUACACCUUGAAGGAAAAAGAGGAUUUAAGUAAAGGUACUAAUCUGGGUUUGAUUGAAAUUUUGAAGAAAAAAUUGAAUUCAAAAGAGACAUUGAAAAAUGAAAGCAAUGAGAAUGAAAGAGAGACUGAAAUGAAUAGUGAAAAUGACAAUGUGUAUUUGAAGGAUAUUUUGAGGGAGUAUAAAGGGAAGCUUUACGUGCCAGAGCAGAUUUUUGGGGCAGAGUUAUCUGAGGAGGAGGAAUUCGAGAAGAAUUUGGAGGAAUUACCCAAAAUGAGCUUGGAGGAUUUUAGUAAAGCUAUGAAGAAUGAUAAGGUUAAAUUGUUGACUUCCAAGGAGGUUUCUGGUGUUUCUUAUGUAGGUGGGUAUAGGGACUUUGUUGUGGAUUUGAAGGAUAUUCCUGGUGACAAGAGCUUGCAAAGGACUAAAUGGGCAAUGAGGUUAGACGAGAGUGAAGCUCAAGCUCUUUUAAGUGAAUACACUGGACAACGAUAUGAAAUUGGGAGGCACAUGACGUCUUGGGUGGGAAAAGUACCAGAGUAUCCUCAUCCAGUGGCAUCUUCCAUGUCCAGCAGAAUGAUGGUAGAGCUUGGAACGGUGACUGCCAUAAUGGCUGCAGCAACAGUUGUUGUUGGAGGGUUCCUAGCAGCUGCUGUAUUUGGUGUCACCAGUUUUGUCUUUGUAACAACUGUAUAUGUUGUAUGGCCCAUAGCGAAACCAUUUGUUAAACUUUUUCUUGGUAUCAUCUUCAGUAUAUUAGAGAGGCUUUGGGAUAAUCUUGUUGAUGUGUUCAGUGAGGGGGGGAUUUUGUCCAAGUUGUAUGAAGUUUAUACUUUUGGUGGUAUAUCUGCUAGUCUUGAGUUGCUAAGACCAAUCACAUUUGUCCUUUUAACCAUGGUUUUGCUUGUCCGUUUCACACUUUCAAGCAGACCUAAGAACUUCAAGAAAUGGGGUCUAUGGCAAGGCAUUGAUUUUUCUCGAUCUAAAGCAGAAGCUCGUGUUGAUGGUUCAACUGGAGUUAAGUUUAGUGAUGUGGCGGGCAUAGAUGAAGCAGUUGAGGAACUUCAAGAGUUGGUGAGAUAUUUGAAGAAUCCAGAAUUAUUUGAUAAGAUAGGAAUAAAACCUCCUCAUGGGGUUCUUCUGGAGGGCCCCCCCGGGUGUGGCAAGACCUUAGUUGCCAAGGCUAUAGCUGGUGAAGCAGGUGUUCCAUUCUACCAAAUGGCAGGCUCAGAAUUUGUAGAAGUUUUAGUCGGUGUUGGUUCUGCUCGUAUCAGGGAUCUAUUUAAGAGAGCCAAGGUAAACAAACCAUCAGUUAUAUUCAUUGAUGAAAUUGAUGCUUUAGCAACUAGGCGUCAAGGGAUUUUCAAGGAAUCAACCGAUCACCUGUAUAAUGCAGCCACUCAAGAGCGGGAAACUACAUUGAAUCAGCUACUAAUAGAGCUUGAUGGGUUUGAUACUGGGAAAGGUGUUAUAUUUUUAGGUGCUACAAAUCGUAAGGAUUUGUUAGAUCCUGCUCUUCUUCGACCAGGUCGUUUUGAUCGCAAGAUAAGAAUUCGUCCCCCAAAUGCUAAGGGGCGAUUGCAAAUUUUGAAAAUUCAUGCAAGCAAAGUGAAGAUGUCAGAGUCUGUUGAUUUGUCUUCUUAUGCAAAUAACUUACCAGGAUGGACUGGAGCAAAAUUGGCUCAACUAGUCCAAGAGGCUGCUCUUGUGGCCGUCAGGAAAAGGCAUGAAUCAAUUCUUCGGUCAGAUAUGGAUGAUGCAGUAGACCGACUAACUGUGGGACCUAAGCGUGUUGGUAUUGAGUUGAGUCAUCUGGGACUGUCUCAUAGAGCAACUACUGAAGUUGGAGUUGCUAUGACUUCUCAUCUUCUUAGGCGAUAUGAAAAUGCAGAAGUUGAAUGUUGUGAUCGCAUCUCAAUUGUUCCUCGUGGCCAGACACUAUCACAAGUUGUGUUUCAUCGGCUUGAUGAUGAAUCAUACACGUUUGAGCGCCGACCGCAGCUGUUGCAUCGCCUUCAGGUUUUUCUUGGGGGAAGAGCUGCAGAAGAGGUCAUUUAUGGGCGGGACACCUCUAGGGCAUCACUUAACUACCUUGCAGAUGCAUCUUGGCUUGCUCGCAAAAUUUUAACCAUAUGGAACUUGGAGACUCCAAUGGUCAUACACGGAGAACCACCACCUUGGAGAAAGAAAGUUAAAUUUGUGGGUCCACGUCUAGACUUUGAAGGAUCUCUUUACAAUGGCUACGGCCUAAUUGAACCUCCUGUCAACUUCAAUUUGGACGAUGAAACUGCAGAGAGGAGUGAGAAACUACUACGUGAUAUGUAUGGAAGGACAGUUUCUCUUCUUAGGAGGAACCAUGCAGCUUUGCUCAAAGCAGUAAAGGUUCUUCUCAAUCAAAAGGAGAUCAGAGGGGAGGAAAUUGACUUCAUUUUAGAUAAAUAUCCUCCUCAAACUCCGUUGAGUCUUCUUUUGAAAGAGGAAAACCCAGGCAGUCUUUCUUUUAUCAAACAGGAACAAGAGCUUGACUUUGAGCGUGUGCUGCCAACUCAUUCAACGUCAGAAACACUUUGACCACGGCGGAUGCAGCUGUAGCCCGUGUGACAUUGACGCGGGCUUUUCAAUUUUCUUGGUCCUAUUUCUUUGGUAAAGAAGGCCUGCUUGUAGCACAGGCUACAACAAAGCUUAUUGCACGAGGGCACAUCAUGUAGUAGUAAUUUUUUGGUGCAUACAUCGUCUUUUUCUUCUUCAUCUGUUCAUACAAGUUGGUUUCUGAUUUUUUUUUUUUUUACUUGUCAACGUAAUUAAUUCAAAGAUUUUCAACUGAAUAACCAAAGGAAGUCAUACACUUCUUUUACUAUUUCUUUCUUCAUUUAUAUCAAUUAAAACUUUAAAUCUUACAAUAACGUUCUUGGAAUGCAUCGUAAGGCAUCAGGACUGACGAAGUAAGCGGGGUUUGGAUGGCAGAGAUAUUGUUUCCGGAAGAUUUGGAUUCGAGGCUGAAAUAACCCACAAACAAAAAUGGAAAUUUCCUAACCUCCCCUCCUAUCUUUAAAAAGCCCAUUGGCUACUUUUGUUUUGUUUUUCUUGCUCUCUGUCCCGCUGGUCUUUCCCCGCAAGAAGCCAAGGCCAACCGUCGGUACAAUUUCUGAUGGAAACAAAAAUUUCCUUCCUCCAGUCAUUCUCUCUCUCUAAGAAACCCUUUUUCGCUCUGUGUCCUUGUAUGGAUGAGACAUGAAUGGGCUUUCCGUCGUGUACGUGACGUGCAAACAACAGCAACAACAACGAGGAAAACAAGACCGACAGAGACAUCAUCAACAACAGCAACUCCAUUAAUAGAAGAGUUUCUAUCAACUUUCCUUGUCUAUUAUUGUUUCUCUUUGGUGCCUCGUCUUCUUUUUCUACUCAAGAUUUGGAAUCAACCAUGAAUAUGGAGGUUAGAAUUAAGAACAAUUCUUGCUUGCUCGUUUCCCUUUCUCUUUCCCUACCCUCUUCUUUAUGGUUUAUUUCUAGCAAACCCAUUUUUUUUAUUAAUACAAUAAUAAUGUUAAAGCCUUUAAUUUAGUUCUUAAACAAUUCUGAAAACAGCAUGUUAGUUAGAAAUAUUUUUCUUAACAAUCAAAGUUUUACUGUGCCUUUUCAUGAUUUUAUUUUCAGUUGUUAUCACUCACAACUUUUUCCAUUUAUUAUUUAUUCAAGUUAUCCUUGUCUUAUUUUGUCUAUUUGUUCAAGCUUUUUCAAGCUUCCAACCUGAUUUAGUUGACCCUUUUUUCCACUUAUAAUCAGUGACUAACAUCUUGGAUAUAUUGAGUUCUUUGGCUUUGUGCCAUAUCUGACCAUAAGCUUUGCCUUUUAGCUCAGACUGCAUAAGGUUAUAAGCCUCCAAUGUGGGGUUGCCAUGAUGAGCAACUCAGAUAAAUCUCACUUCAAUGAAGCCUUA